UUGUGUGGAGAGUACGUUGUGAGGAUAUUAGCAGCCAUGUCUUGGAGUCCUGACGAGGCGAGCUUAACGCAGAUUGUCCAGUUACUUCGCGAGAGUCAAGCGAGCGCUGACACUGAAACACAGAGAUCUGUAGAGCAGCGACUGGAAGCCCUCAACCAAUAUCCUGACUUCAACAACUACCUUGUGUUUGUGCUCACCAAGCUAAAGACUCACAAUGUGUUGGACGAACCCACGAGGGCUAUUGCUGGACUCAUACUCAAGAAUAAUGUCAAGCAGCAUUACGUUGGCUUCCCCCCAGAGAUUAAGACCUUCAUAAAAUCUGAAAGCUUGCAGAUAGUAGGUGAUCCAUCAGCUCUCAUCCGUGCGACCGUUGGUACCCUGAUUAGCACUAUAGCUAACAGGGGAGAGUUGGUUCACUGGCCAGAGCUAUUACCAGCACUCUGUCAACUCAUUGACUCUCCUGAUACAUUCGCCUGUGAAGGGGCGUUUAGUACACUCUUGAAGAUCUGUGAAGAUUGCUCGGACCAACUUGACUCUGAUGCUCUCAAUCGUCCUCUCAAUGUUCUCAUUCCAAAGUUCAUUCAGUACUUCCAUCAUCAGAACCCGGUCAUUCGUUCCCAUGCCAUUGCCUGCUGUAAUCAGUUCAUCACUAGCCAACCACCAGCUCUGGUCCUCAACAUAGUGCCCCUUAUAGAGGGUCUAUUCUCAGCCAGUGGUGAUGACAGUGGAGAGGUGCGUAAGAAUGUGUGCAGGGCUCUAGUGCAGCUGGUGGAAGUGGGGGCCUCUGAUCUACUCCCACACAUCCAUCCUAUAGUGGAGUAUAUGCUCAUACGCACUCAGGAUAGCAAUGAGGUGGUUUCACUUGAAGCUUGUGAGUUCUGGCUGACAUUAGCAGACCAGUCCAUCUGUUUGGAGGCUCUCUCCCCUUACCUACACAGGGUGGUGCCUGUGCUGCUCAAUGGCAUGAAAUACUCUGGUUAUGAUGUCCUCUUGUUAAAGUGUGAUGUGGAUGACCAAGAUGUUCCAGACAAGGAGACAGAUAUAAGACCACGAUUCCACAAGGCUAAAACACAAGGUGGCGGUGAUCUGAGUGAUUCUGAUGAUGAGGAUGACAUGAGGAAAGAGGCUCUGACUGACUGGAACCUGCGCAAGUGUUCUGCUGCAGCUCUGGAUGUGUUGUCUUGUGUGUUCCACGAAAGCCUGCUCCCUGUACUACUGCCCAUACUCAAGCAGAACCUACUGUCUAGUGAUUGGCUGGUUAAAGAGUCAGCUAUCCUUGCUCUAGGUGCAGUGUCUGAGGGUUGUAUGGAGGGCAUGAUCCCACAGCUUCCAGAGGUGGUCCCGUAUCUCAUCAACUCUCUAUCUGAUGGCAAGGCUUUAGUGCGCUCCAUCACUUGUUGGACAUUGAGUAGAUACUCUCAUUGGCUCAUUGCUGACAACCAACACCUCCAGCAGCUCAUGGCAGAGCUACUCAAGAGGAUACUGGAUCCUAACAAGAGAGUACAGGAAGCGGCUUGCAGUGCGUUUGCUACUCUGGAGGAAGAUGCUUGUACAGAGCUAGUACCUUAUCUGGGGGACAUCCUCAAGGUCUUGAUGAGUGCUUUCAGGCGCUAUCAGACUAAGAACCUCAUCAUGCUUUAUGAUGCUAUUGGCACUCUGGCAGACUCUGUAGGCAACCACCUCAACAAGCCAGAGUACAUACAAGAGCUGAUGCCUCCGCUUAUUGACAAGUGGAAUACUCUCAAAGAUGAAGACAAAGAUCUUUUCCCACUGUUAGAGUGUUUGUCUUCGGUUGCCACAGCGUUGCAGUCUGGCUUCCUCCCAUAUUGUGAGACUGUGUUCCAGCGCUGCGUUUCAUUGGUCGCACAAAACCUCCACCAAACACAAGUGGCACUAGCUAAUCGGGAGAAUAUGGCACCUCCAGACAAGGAGUUUAUGAUAGUAGCACUGGACCUAUUGUCAGGCCUGGCAGAGGGAUUACAGACACACAUAGAGAAGCUGUUGGUACAGAGCAACCUGCUCACACUGUUGUAUCAAUGCAUGCAAGAUGACACUGCUGAAGUCAGACAGUCCUCGUUUGCUCUAUUAGGGGACAUCACUAAAGCUUGCUUCCAACAUGUCUAUCCCAGCAUUGGUGACUUUAUGAGUGUAUUGAGCAAGAAUCUGAAUCCACUCAUGAUCUCUGUGUGCAAUAAUGCCACCUGGGCCAUUGGUGAGCUGUGUAUUCAGUUAGGAGCUGGCAUGAAGGACUAUCAUUCUCUGGUCCUCUCUCAACUCAUUGACAACAUCAACCGUCCUGGUACUCCUAAGACCCUCCUCGAAAAUACAGCCAUUACGAUUGGUCGACUUGGUCUAGUAUGCCCUACAGAAGUGGCCCCCUACCUACCUUCCUUCAUUGCCAUGUGGUGUACUACACUGCGCAAUAUUCGAGACAAUGAUGAAAAGGAUUCUGCCUUUCGUGGAGUGUGUUCUUUGAUCAGUGUGAAUCCAUCUGGUAUCUUGCAGCACUUUAUGUUCUUCUGUGAUGCCAUAGCUUCUUGGUCUGUUCCUAAAGAUGACUUAAAGGCAAUAUUCCACAAGAUCUUGCAUGGCUUCAAGAAUGAAGUGGGUGACUCGAACUGGAAAGCGUUUGCUGACCAGUUUCCUGCUGUUUUGAGGGACAAGCUGGCGGUUACCUAUGGUGUCUAGCUAGGCCCAACCCGUCGGCCCGAUGACAAUAUGUGUUCAGUUCGUGUGUGCAUGAUCCCUAGGCCAAUUCACAGAGCAAGAAAAGGUCAUUUUCUUUUUUGUUUGGAGGCAAAUUUUCUUUUUCCGUUGCCCCUGAGGCACUAGGACUGAUUUUCAUUGUAGACAAAGUACUGCUUUUAGCCUCCAGCCUAGGCUGGCCUGCUCUAGUAGGUGUAUUAUUUAUUGCUCGCUUUUGUACUAUGCUUGUAUGUUUUUAUGAGAUCAUUGUUGCAUUAAGAAAA